GCAAAUUCACCAUCAAGCACUACUCUUGGACAAAGCUCGUCAACGAGAGGCACUUUUGGAAUUUGAAAUGAAGCAAUUAAAAAUAGAAUUAACCGACAUGGAAAAAGUAUUGGCAGAGAAUCAGAACACGAUUUUUGCAUUGGUGGAGGAAAACAAACGCGUAGAUUUAUUACGGAAGAUGUGCUCUGAACUUAGAAUGAAUCUUAAUGAACAAAUAGAACUUGCACAGCAGAAAUUCAUGGAUGUACAAUAUUUGAGUUUAGAGAGAGAGAAAUUAUUAGUGCUUUCAUCGUACAAAGAUUCGCAACUGAUUGAACUACGUUCAGCUAUAAAAGAGCUUCAAAGUCAUAUUACGGAACAAUUAUUCGGCUUGGAGGAAGCAAAUAAACAUUCGAAAGCGAAUUCAGAUGAGCAAAAUUCCGUUAUAGUGGGAGGAAUUGCUUGUUCUUCGCCAACUUCUACUUCUUCGGAAUGUUCUGUCGUGCCGCAAACUUGGCGAGGACUAUCUGAUAUUUCAGUGUCUUCUGUUGACCCUGGUUCAUUUUAUGGCAGUAUUAGGAAAAAUAUAACUGAAAAUAAACCUAAAAAUGUGGUAGAGAAAGGUAUAGAAGCGCAAUUGGAAUUUGUUAGUCUACCUGGCAGCGACACGUUGCACAGUAUUUCAUUGCCAAUAAGUAACAACGAACAAAUAAAACAAAUUGAUUCAGCUACGGAACCAAAUAUAACAAGUGAUAUUGCAAGAGUAUUACCGCUGUUGUGACUCCAGGUUAGAUUCACGAAUUCGACUACCGGAAUAGAUAUUCUGGGAAUCGGUUAAUUUGGGAUUCGUUGCUGAGUUAAAAAUUAUAACUUCAAUUCUUGAAAACAAGUAAAAAUGAUUUAUUGAAAAAGACUAUCAAUUUGGAAUCACACUAGUACAGGUUGAACUUUGAGUUCUUUCGAGUAGAAAUGGCACGAGGACAAGGUUAGUACUCCGAGUAAAUUAUUGCAGUGAUGCCUCACUCAUUUCUCCAAUACUCCGUCUGACGGAGUGAGGCCGUCUACCUUUUAAAUGUUACUUUUGGAAUUUGGAGAGACAUAUUAACCAGAGGAUUGUUUCUGUAUUUCAUCAUGGUUUCAACAAUGUGUCUCCUUUGUUUCCAUAAAUGUGCCGCGUCGGUACCAAGCCAUUCCGUCACUUCUGACGUAGGCGCGUAGAAACUUAGUAAAGAAUCGGUUUUAAGAACGAUUUUCUCCUUCUUGAUUGGAGGAUCCAAUGGAAUUAGGUAAAUAUACAAUUAAAUAUCUUAUUGCUUAUUUCUUCCGUGUUACGUGUUCCGUUACAUUGUAGAAUGGCCUUAAGUAAUAUAAGUGUGUUUAAUGGAUAAAUGCAUAUAUUGUAACAUUCGCCUUUUUACCGAGGCAACGGGAUAGAUAAGGUAAAGCAGGGAGCGUUACUUUCAUUCGACUUAUUUAGAUCUGAGUAGAGUAACUAAAGAAAUCUGUUAGCGAAAGAUUUUACGAAAUAAAAAGCUUUUCGAACAAAAUUUUAGGAAAGUUCUUCGAAAACAUAAUUAUGUGGAACUCGGGGUGAACAGUGAUGAUUUUUAGAAAAUACGAAAAAUGAGUGGGAUAAUUUAUAGUUAUUGUUUUGACUAUUGAUUAAUUUAUCGUUAAAUUUAUUCUAUUCGAAAAUUCAGGUUUUUUAUAUCGGGAAGCUAGCAAAAGUGCUGUUAAGAUCAUGCAAAAGGUAUUAAGGGUCUUGCUACUUUAAGGUGCUAAAGUACGCUUACGUCCAUGUUCCCUGGUCGAUAAAUGUAUAAGA